GUGAUCCCUAACCCUCACCCUCUUUCCUCACGCAACUUAUCCACUACUCACGCUACUACCCCUUCCCUAGGCCACGUCCAACAGCCUCCCCCAAUCCGUCCUUUGGCUUCGCUGGCGACGACGGAGGCUGGUGAUGGCAGGAAUUGGUGAGCGCUCCAAUUCGGGGAUUGGUGGAGGCUGGUGCGCGCUAAGGCAGGAAUUGGCGGCGGCCGGUGUGCGCCAGUUCGAGGAAUCGGCUGCAGCUCACAGAGGACGCACGGCGUGUGUUUCCUUGCCGUCGGUUGUAAGGCUGCACCAAAUCUGGGCCAUUUUUUCACUUCUCUGAGUACUGCUGCAUUUCAUAGCAGUUUCCUUAUACUUUAGUUCAAGUAACCUUGUACUAGUUCUUAUUGUUUCUGUAGUUAGCAGAUGUAUAGUUCCUCUGAUUUUUGUAACUAGAUAUUCAUAGCAGUUUCCAUAUACAUUAUUUUACAGAAUUUCAAAGUGAACAUCCUCUAUUUCUAUAGUUUCAUGUUUCAUGGAUACGAUGGUCAGAUAUCAAAGGUGUCCAAUAUAUUUUGCAAAUCUAAAAUGUCAACUACCUUUUAUAGACAUUUAUCAAGAAUAGCAGAGCAUCCUGUUAGGUGUUUUUCAGAAACUGCAAUGCAGACACAUUGUCCAUAGUUGUGGGAUACUUGGAGCUAGUGGUACUAAUGUCAACUUUUACAUGACUUAUUUUUAUACGAUGUCUAAAUACUUGCAGACACAUUGUACUUUGUUUGAAGUUUUAGAGAUGUUAGUAAAACAAUUUUUCCUCAUUGAGAUGGGCUCUGUUUCAGACUCCAAGUGUUUUAUUAAAUCAAGUCUGUUGAUAAAUUCUUUUCUAUGUUGGCCAAUGUAUGGAUUAAUGCUAUGUUUUACUGAACUCCAUUUACAUUUCUAGACCAGCUAAUUACACAUGAUAAGUUUUUAUUUUGGUAUGCCAGCAGACAUGGCAAGGGGUAUGAGAAAGUGCAUCAUUCAAAGCCAAGAAGAGUAUUUGGUAGAGGAGCCUAUUGGGGAAACAAGUCAUCGGCCACGAGAUGCAGCAUAUGACCACCAUCCUUCUACUAGAGAACGCCAAAAAAGAAAGCGACAAUGAUAAUGAGUUCAAUGACCUAGAUCAUCAUAAAAAAAUACAACAUCUUUUGAGACUACUUCUGAAGUGUACCCUUCUCCUGAUGAUGCGGAUAUAGAGGAUUAUGUUGAAGGUCAAACUAAUGAAGCAAUAAGUCGUGGUCCGAACAAACUUAAACAUGUUUGGAACCUUCAAAAAGGAAAACGAAUUGUAGUUAACUGUAACGAGCUCGACCAACCUAUUGGAGAGGAGGCAGGAGUCUUAGGAAAAUUCCUUGACAUGGUUGCUAGGAAUGGCUGCUUAUGUAGCUUAAGCUUCAAAGAUUGGAGAUUACUGAUAGGAAAGAAGGACAGGAACAAUGAACAAAAAAACAAGCAAGAUGUACUAAAGCAAGUAAAGAUGAGAUUCUUAUACCCUGCCCGCAUGGAAAAGUGGAUACUUCGAACUAUUGGUGAGAGAUGGAGACAACACAAGUCCAAUCUAAAAUCCUUACAUUUUGAUGCGCAUAGGAGCAAGGAAAAUAAUCUAAAAAAUGUUCCAAAAGGCGUCUUAGAUGAUCAAUGGGUCACUCUUGUGAAUAAUUGGUUUACAACAAAAUCACAGGAUAUCAGUGAGGCAAAUAGGAUAAACUGCGCAAAAAGGAAGGCGACCCAUACAUCAGGAACAAAGAGUUUUGCUCGGAACAGGGAAGAUAUGAGGGAACAAGAUCCAGAAAAGAAAUACCCCCAUAGGGCUGUAUUGUAUAUCAAUACACACAAGAGUAACAUCACAAAGAACACAAACCCACAUGUGGUUGCAUUGAAGGAACUAUUAGUGCAACAACCAAGUUUAGCUGACACUAGUCAUGGAAAGGUUGCAUGGAAAGGAAAUGCGCUUAGCCAAAUUUUAGGAGAAGAGAAGCCUGGCCAUAUCCAUGGUCUUGGCCUUGUUCCGAAUCUAGAUCAAGUGUUUGGUGGAUCAACUUCAAGGCAUCUAAAACAUCUUAAUUUAACCUCUUUGGAUGCAACAUCAAGUGAAGAUGUAGUAUCUCUUCGACUUCAAGUGGAAAAACUUAUAGAUCGUGUCCAGAAGCAAGAUGAUACUAUACUAAAUUUGCAAAAUACCUUGGAACUGCAAAAAAGUCACCAUGAAUGUCUAGAUGAACCUUUGUCGGCAUCAAAAGAUGUUCAGCCGACUACGAAUCAAAAAGUUAAUCUUCUUGAUGAACUGAAUAGCACAAUGGCGGAUGAAAUCGAACAUGAUGGGUACGAGGAGCUACAGGCCCAGUGCAAAAAAUCUAAAAUUCAAGAAAAGAGCAAGCCACCAAUGCCACGAGGAGGACUCCAAGGUGGUAGAGUUUCUUCAUCGUUAAAUGUAAAAAAUAGCAGUAAUGCAGCCAAGGUGAUGAACCAGGACAUUGCUCGAAAUUCCUCUAAUCAUGAACCAUACAAGAACAAGGGAUCUCUAGAAAAUUAUUUGCCAAGUACUAAAGACGAUCAAUCUACAUCAGAACGAAAACGAGUAUAUGGUCAAUUUCAAAGUGAGGAAUUUUGGACACUUGACGAAAAUCACGAAUCAAGCCACUACGAGGAGACACAUUACAACCUAGUAGGAUUUCAACAGGACUGAAGGUUGGUUCUCAUAUUUUCUUGAAGAGUUGGAGGAAUCAAAAUAAGAAGGUUGCAUUAGGUACAAUAAUUGGUUGUGAUCCAAAGCAAAAAGUUGGAGGAGAUCCAUUGGGCAAAGAAUUUUGGAAGGUUUGUCUCGGUCUUGUACUUGUGCGUGAUGAACCACUAAUACGGCCCUACAACAAUUUCGUGGUUCUAGGAGACAUAGACAACAACCCUAUAGCAUGGCCUUCAAGCUGUAUAGAAAAGGCAGCUCUUUAAUGUCAACCAUUGAACAACAACAGAUCUACAUGAGGGCUAUGACUUUGAUUCUUCUUUAAAUUGUCGUUAUUAGUGAUGAGAGUGAUGAGUCUACUGAGUCCGGUUUAUGAGUCAACCUUUGUUUGUUUCAUACUAUCAUAGAAAAAUGUCAAUUCACACAUUGUGUAAUGAAUUAAGUUGUUGAUGAUAUUUUAUAAUGGUACUACUAUUUUUAAUAUAGUCUGAUUCCAGAUUAUUUGCC